AUGCUCUCGGUGUUACUUCACGUGGCGGAAGAGCUAGAGACGAGGGUGGUGCGAGAACUGCUGUUCGAGCGCGCGGAGGAGGCCCGCGCUGCGCGCCAAGAGGCGGAGGACUUCCUGUUCGACGAGGAGGUUUUUCUGAGGCUCCCCGCUGGGUGCGGGGACAAAUCGCACAAGGUUGUCAACGCUGAGCGUGCGAUAUAUGGCCUGAAGCAGAGCGGUAGGCAGUGGGGGUACCACGCUGCUGAUACGCUAGUCGAGAACGGGUUCGAGCAGUGCAAGGCGGACACGUGUGUUUUCCGCAAGAUGGCAGACGAAGUCGUGGUGAUGAUUAUCGUGAUUUACGUGGAUGACAUUUUGGUGGCUGGGUCUGACGAGGAUUGCGAGGAGUUGCUUGCUUCUCUCAACAAGAAGUUCCCCACCAAAAAUCUGGGAGAAUGCGAAUGGUUUGACGGGUGUGCUAUCGAGAGAGGUGUAGAGGCUGGGACUCUUAGAAUCUCGCAAACCGCGUACAUCGACAGCAUGGUGAAACGCUUUGAAGCACAAUCGACCUCCCUCAUCCCUGCUUCCCCUGGUGUCGACCUAGGACCGAAGCGAGAUGACGAAAACGGAGGGGAGUGGCCGGUGAGGGAGGCCAUCGGCAGCAUGAUGUGGGUGUCGACGUUCUCGCGUCCAGACGUCUCGUUCGCCGUGCGUGCGGUAGCGCACCACGCCCACGCCCCGGCGAAGAGGCACUGGGAUGCCAUCCAGAAGAUCCUCGGCUACCUGAAAGGGACGAGGGACCUCGGCAUCACCUACCAACGGGGAUCGGGGUUAGGGCUUACCGUGUACGUAGACGCCAGCUACGCCAACACGGACGAUAGGCGUUCGGUGUCAGGGUUGGCGACGACGGUCGGAGGUACCGUAAUCAGCCAUGGUAGCAAGACACAGAGCAUCGUGUCUUUGUCUUCGACGGAAGCCGAAUACUGGGCACUGCCCGAGGGCUGCGAAGGUGCGAAUGGGUGCCCAUAG